ACAGUUUGACCGUGUUGGGAAGUCGAUAAAGGGUAUAAGCAGAUCGCGAUUCCGAUGGUCGACCAAAAGUCAGAGACCAAGUUUCCAACAACCGUGAUCCACAUCGAACCAGCGCCAUGAACACCGUUACGAUUGUCUUACUGUUGUCGAUGUGCUUUUGUGCACUGUGUGCGGCUACUCCUGCUGUUUCAUCUCUCGAUCAAGUAGAACUUGUCCCGAGCGAGGUUGCUACAAAGUUGCAGCGCUUCACGCGGCAGUCCUCUCCACUCAACUUCAUCGAACAAAUCGCAUCGGGACUUAUUAGUAUUCCGACCGACCUGGUGGCCAACAUCGUAGACUUUAUCCUUUCGAUCAUCCGCAAGAUCAAAUCAACGUUUCUCUCGUGGAUCGAAAACAUCGAAUCGCUCCUCGCAAACCUGCUCGAUAACAGUCAGAAUUCUAAUCAGAGACGACGAAGAUCAAAUGUGUCAAAUGGCCUAUCAGAUUUAAUUAGUGAUUUGCCGAACUUGCUACAAUUGCCGGUAACCUAUUUCCAACAAGCGACAAGCUCGAUCGGAGAUUCUGUUGGCGGACAAAUCGAACAUAUCAUAAAAACUAUAGUGAAAUUGAUAUGGAACUUUGUAACCACGCGAAUAUUACCCUGGCUCCACGAGGUGCUCAACAAAAUGCAAGAGUCAAAUGUUUUGCCAUCCUUUUUGAACGAUGCGAUUGUAAAUGCCAAUUCUCUUUAUUCCCUUUUGCGCCUGUUCACUGAAAUCAGCUCGAACGCUUCAUGAAUCUCACGUGGCAUCGUGAUAUAAUUUUGGCUCGAGAGGCUGGUCGAAAUUAUUUUCUUGAUUUCAACGCUAGAGCCGUCAAAGAGGUCAUAAUGUUUGGUAUUUAUGACUUUCUGUUUCUACUUUUAUCUCUUCCUUUUUCCUUUUCGUUUGUUACAUGUUAGUAUCUAAUGGUGUUUAACUUUAUCGAGACAAAAAUACGAAAUUGUAUGAGCAAGUGUACUUAUUUCGUUCGUCACGUUGAUUUAAUCUUAGUUAACUGUUGUGUAAUAUAUUUAGAUACAUAUUAAAGAUUGAUAAUACGCUCUAGUGUGAGGAGAAGAAAAUAUCAAAUUGUGGACGCAAGACGUGUAAGAGAAGAAGCUUCGAAAACAAUUUAUUAUUAUUAUUUAUUUCAUGAUAAUGUUUUUGUAUGGGUAUUUUUAAUUUGCGUGUUAAAAUGCGUGUAAGGGAAAUAAGAUUUCUCCGCCGACUUUUCUAACGUGGUAUAUCAAAUAGGGAGAAAGACAAUGAUGAGCUGAAUAACGGACGUACGCUCGAGAACUGUUUCUCGAUAAUCAAUGCGGAUAGAUCAAUUUAUUAAUUGUUAUAAUAGAGUUUAUAUGUAUAAUAAAGCGAGUGACAACAAA